UGAUCAGGGAACAUUGACUUGCUAAGAGGCCUAAACAUCAUGCAUAUCAAUACUAUAGCACUUCUUUAGAGAGUGUUUACUACUUUUACCAUUUGUUAGAGUUAACACACAACAAAAAUGGCUGAUGCCAGUGGUUACAGUACUAGAGUUGUUGAUUCUGCUGUUGAAGAAAUGGAUAGGCUAGAAAUCCAAUAUGGCUUUCCAGAAGUUCUUUUACAGCAGGAGUUAGCAUUCCUGAUAAGGUUUAUGAUCAGGCAGUUUUGGUGGGGAAAUAAGGAUAUCAAGUUGCUUAAUGCACUUGAUAACCUUGAAGCAGUGCUGAAAGAAGCUCGUAUUAUCAACGGACGCAUUGAUGAGGUGUCAAAUUUGGUUUCUUUGGUUCCUCAUUUGCAAGAAAAAUUUGAUCAAAUUGAGUCAGAAAUUAGGAAAAUCGGUGCUGCUACCUUAGACUCAUUCGAAUCCAGGUCUUGUUCAUUUGUUGAGAUAAGUCAUACCAUCCAAUGUCUUGCUGAGAACUUGAUGGAUCUUGCCAACUCGAAAGUUGAGGACCUGACAGUUUCUUUGAAGAACCAAAUCUUGGUUGAUCAUCAAAAGCUUAUUUUACUUCGGGCCCUUUCUUAUUUUUCUGUAAAAAGAUGUCCUGACCAUCAGCUGCUGAGAGAAUUGUUCAUUUACGUCAACGAUUGGGUGAACAAUGCAGCAAGUUUGUCCCUUUUGUGCUUACUGAAAGGGAAGGAUGAGACGACCAUGGGCCGAGGAUUGGAAACUGUGUUUUCUGAUCUAUUACAGCAUAAGAAGUAUAAGCUUUUCACUCCAGAGGAUAUGAGGCUGUUUAUGAGGGUCUUAAGAGCUUUAAAGCCAUCAAAAUCUGACACGAUUGAAGUCGGCAAAAUUGUUGUCAGGAUUGUUGAUUCUUUGGUAGCAGAUCUAGUCGCUGAGCCUUUAAAGGAUUAUGUUGAAAUCCUCAAAGACGGUCUGAUAUUCAUGUUAAGCUUCUUUUUGGAUCCUCCAAAAGAAGAUGAAGCUGUACCAUUUACUGGACAUGGACUUAUCCGGCCGCGAAUUGAUGUGCUUCUAGAGGAGGUACUGUCUCUCAUUUUCUCAACAUGCAUGGACAAAGAAAAAGUUGUGAAUUUCUCUAAUCUGCAAGUGAAAAUUGACAAAGUGAAACUAGAUGUUAGAGAGCUUUAUUAUGUCCCCUUUUUGAAGUCAUUGGACUUCAAUUUUCCAAAGACAAAUGUUAUGGGACAUAUGGAUCUUUUCCAAGAGAAUUUGAAGGAAAUGAUUAUCAAAGUUGAGUUUGCAAAAGAUCAUGUUGUGAUGGUCCAAGAAAAGCUUAAUUCCUUCAAAUUAUUCCUUCAAACUAACAUGGAGCUGGCAAAAGUUAGAAAGGACUUGAAAUAUCUCUGUGAAGGAAUUAUCAAUUUGGUUUUUCUAGCAGAACAUGUCAUUAGCUCCUGUUUAGUUAAAAAUCAUCCUAUUUGGUACGAUAUGUUGCGGCUCUCUGAUGUGACACAAGCGAUUAAUCUUUCUGAAAUUAAAAUGAAGAGGCACAGGGAUCAUCAGAUGUACAAGACCACCAGAUUGAUGACAGGUGGUGAGCCACAUUCUAAUCAUGCCCCCUCCAGGCAAGCAAAUCCUUCAGCUCUUGAAGAGGUUAUGGUUGAUUUGGAAGAUGAGUCAACGGGGAUAAUUGAUAUGCUCACAAGGGGAACAAAACAGCUUCACUUUGUUUCUAUUGUAGGUAUGCCGGGACUCGGUAAGACUACCAUGGCUCAAAAAGUAUAUAAGGAUCCAUCUAUCAAAUACCACUUCACUAAACGUGCGUGGUGUUGUGUUUCCCAAGUGUACAGUUGUAGAGAGUUGUACUUUGACAUUCUAAGUGAAGUCGCUGAAGUUAAUGCUCGUAAGCAUUAUUCCAAAUGCACUGAUGAUGAUUUGGCUCAAGAACUCUGGAGGAAAUUGAAGCAUCAAAGGUAUCUCAUUGUUCUGGACGACAUUUGGAAUAUUGAAGCAUGGGAAGGCAUAAAAAAUUCAUUUCCAGAUGACAUGCGUGGGAGUCGAAUUCUAUUAACCAGUCGGAUCCAAGAUUUGGUAACACCAAAGAUGAUCAAUUGCAGUGUCCAUUUUCUCCGGUCACUUUCUGAUGAGGAGAGUUGGGAGUUAAUGAAAGGGAAGUUAUCUUGUAUUCAUAGUUCAGAUCUUGAUGACGAACUAUCAGUAAUAGCUAACAAUAUUGCCAAAAACUGUAAAGGGUUGCCUCUAUCAGUGAUUUUGGUUGCAGGUAUCCUGGCUGGCAAGGGCAAAGAAUUCUGGAGGCUAAUUGAAUGUCGCUCAAGUUCUCAGGUUAUCGCUGAAGACUGCAAGGCUAUCCUUGAACUAAGCUACAAGCAUUUGCCCGAUUAUUUGAAACCCUGCUUCCUCUAUUUCGGAACAUUCCCAGAGGAUACGGUUGUCAGAGCCAAAAAGCUGAUGAGUUUGUGGAUUGCAGAAGGACUGAUACCAAGAAAUGGUAGCAACAAGAUCAGCUUGUAUGAAGUGGCAGAGAAUUACUUGCAGGAUCUUAUCAGUCGAAGUUUGGUGAUGCUUGCUGAGAGAAGUACAAAUGGUGGCAUCAAGACUUGUCGUGUUCAUGAUCUAAUACAUGAUCUAUGCUGGUUGAAGACAAGAGAAGAUAACUUUUUGCAAUGGGUGUAUGACAAAGAUGUUUCUUCUUGUUCUUCCUCAAAUCCCAAUCAGUAUAAGAGCUCAUAUCGUCUGUGCAUCCGUGCUGAGUGGUCCAAGUUCAUUGAAACUAAACUUAUAGGUCCAUUUGUGACCUCUGUAGUUGUUCCGGACAGUGGCAAGAUCAGUAAACCUAAACCUAUAGGUUUAAUCUCACACUCUCUAGUAAUUGUUCGCAAAGAAUGCACCGUUCAAUCCCCCUCUAGUUUUUUCAACAGUUUCAUGCUUCUUCAUGUGUUAGACAUGGAGUGCAUUGAGAUGGGUGAUCCAUUUCCUGAAGAGUUAACAUUGAUGGUACAUUUGCGAUACCUAGCAAUUUUUUGCAAGGGUACAAAGCUUCCACCAUCCAUCGCCAAUCUAUGGAACCUGGAAGUUUUAAUUUUUGCAAAUCCGCACACGGAAUUCUCACUGCCAAAAUCCUUCUGGGGGAUGAAAAGCUUGAGGUACAUACAUGCUUUCCAUUUGAAUUUACCAUAUGAGGUUGAGGAUCAUGAAUAUGGUCAACUAGAGAAAUUAGAAAUUCUCACAACACCAUUUUUCAAAUGGGGAAAUGAAACCAACAAACUACUGAGAAGGUUGCCAGGACUUUGGAAGCUCAGGUGUGAAAUAUCUUUUGUGAGCGAUCGUCAUUAUGAGUUUCCAGAAAUGAGUCAUCUGAAUCAUCUCCUAUCACUUAAUAUGCAUGUUUGUGGAAUGGAUCCCCAUUGGUGGCAAUGGAAUCGGACUCCAGCUUUGGCAUUUCCCAGUAGUCUUAGAAAAUUGACACUGAGUGAAUUAGCCCUGCCGUGGAGUGGAAUAUCCGCGGUAGGGGAGUUGCCUAGUUUGGAGGUUCUCAAGUUGAGACUUAAUGCAUUUUCAGGAAGUGAAUGGGUUGUGGAAGACGGCCAAUUCAUGAAUCUUAAGUAUUUGGAACUCUCUGUAAUAUUCCUUGAAGAAUUGAUUGUCCAAAAUGGGUCAUUCCCCCGCCUUGAAGAGCUCAUACUGGGAGCUUGUUCCAACCUUAUCGAGAUUCCAUCCGAACUAGGAUACAUUCCUACAUUGAAGAAGAUAGCCGUGUAUUAUUCUGACCAGCUCUCAGAUUCAGCAGAAGAGAUUCUCAAGGAACAGCGAGACUUCGGAAAUGAUAUCCUGGAAGUCUUGGUUAUUCCUACGUGGGGGCCUGGCGAAGAGGAGAAGAUACAAGAAAUGUUGCAGAAUUCUUGGCUUGAAGAGGAAGAUCGGCAUUUUUCCUCGUCGACUGAGUUUUCCGAACAAACCAGCGGAUGAUCUGUGGGAGAGCUGCUAUGUCUUUGGCAUUCAUCAUUUGCUGUCCGAAUUCAGUCAAUUCGACAUACCUUUCGGUGGUUCCCUGCUUUGCUUUCUCUGGUGAGUCGUGGAAACCGAAAUUAAUUCAGAGACCUCUGUGAUAUUACUUUUAAGAAGACAAUCAAACGCUUUUUUUUUUUUUUCUACUAGUACUUAGCAUUUGUCGCGCCAUGCGCAACGCACCCUAUAAAUAAUCUGGUGUCAUAAUUUUCUUUUUUAAAAAAAGAAUUUAAUUAUAUUAGCUAUGAUAAUUAAUAAUUUGAUGAAAAAUAAAAAAGAUUUUGUAGUAUUCAGCUCA